AUGCUCGCCCGGGCCUCUAACGAGUAUAAAACGGAGACAAAGGCCACGGCACAUGCGCAGAAUGGCCUACUUAGUAGUCUGGAUAUAGACGCUCCUCACGCAACUACUACGGAAAUGAUUGGCCCAGUCACGCCCGCGAGCCCACCGCGGCAGCCCUUGAACGCAAAGCAGCGGCGCGCCAUGAGAAGGAAGCUCCUCGCAGAGAGGAUACAAGGGGGCACCCCUCCCGCGGCAGCGGUAGGCGAAGCCGCUCACGCGCCGGCCCAGCCCAGGCAGCGUCUUAUGGACCCGGCAGCAAUUCGUACAAUGUUGUCGGCGAUCCCCGCUUAUACCCUCCCGACCCAUUUCCUUCGGCCCCGCGGAUUCACGGCUUCGGACGAGCUCAUCCGCAUUCUUAGGGAUAGGAUCCGGUGCCGGAACGUCGGCUGCGCGCUCUGCGCGUUCUACGAGUGGGGGCCGAUAGUGAACACGCACAAGCUUAAGCGAUGUGAGCAUCGCGUAGAGGCGGAGGAUGGUAAGGCGUGGUUGGCUAUGUUCCGGGUAUACCGGGCGCGCGGCGGCGGCGCGGGCGCGCGGUGUAACCGGUGCCGGUUCCCGGUGACGCUCUGUUGGCGCACGGCGUAUAGAGAAGAGAUGGAUGAGCUACACGGGAACGAAGAAGAGGCGCUGGCGAGCGGCGCCGUCCUAUAUCGAGAGGUACAGUGCGAAUGGGUCAAAGUGGUGCAGCGUUACGUGGCGGCGUGCAUGGUCGUGGGAGGCGGCGGACCGGCCACCGGCGUGAGCGUCUUGGGGGCCACAGUCCUGGAGGGGAUGGGCUGGUCGGAUUGGAUGGGCCUGGCGUCGAACGGUCCCGAACACAUACGAGGGUGGCUAGAGGAGACGGACGAGGUGGACGGCCUUCGCUGUCCGCGACUCCUCCGGCUGUUCUGGCUCCUGUCAAACUGCUGA